UAUGAAGAUACCAAUAGAUGGCGCUUGUAAUGUUGCUGUUGCACAAUCAGAAACGAUGGGAUCGGGGUCGUUGCUCUUACUACUGAUGGCUUUUCCUAUUUUCAAUGCAACUCUGUUGAGGGUUAAAAGAUCCUCGUGCAAAAGUGGUCAAUAUUUGGGAAGUAGAUUUAUUUGCUGUCAAGAAGCAGUAUAUGCUCGUUCAGGAAAAGAAGAUUGCUGCUCAAAUGUCGAAUACAAUAGAACCGAAAGUAUUUGUUGCGAGGGAAUUGAAUUCAAAGGACAUCAUCCAAACGAAUGGAGAUGUUGCAAUGGUGCUGCAUACAGAGAGGAUACAAGCGUUUGUUGCAAUGGAAAAGUCAGAAGAAAAAUUUCGGGGGAUAGUACUGCCUGUUGUGGUAAUAGGGUCUAUGAUAAAAAAAGGGAUUUGUGCUGUAACAACGUAAUUCAAUAUGGACGGUCUCAAGGAGAGUGCUGCGGGAGAUGGGCAUAUUCUAGUAGAAAUAAUAGGCGUACUCGGAUCUUUUCGAAUUUUUUUCGCCGAGCAAAGUCCUCUGAAGAAGAACGACUCCCACCAAUCAGUCCAUCAGGGCGUUUGACAGUUGAACAACCAGCACACCGUCCGGAUUCUACAGCUUCUGAUAGACGUUCUGCGUCUCCAAGGGCUCCCAGAUGGUCUUCUGACAAGCUUAAAGAGGAAUUUACAAAGGCUGAAAAAGAAGGGAAAUGGUCAGACGUAUCGUCUUAUUAUGUGACUGCAUUUGAAUCAUUCAAAGAGAUCAACUGGGCGUUUAAAAAAGAAGCUAAGAAAGAGUACAAAAGUAUUGACGAUAGUGGAAUAAAUUUAGAAUUAGUGAAUCAGGUUUAUGAUCAAUUAGUCAAUCUGCCGCAAGAUGGUCAAAAACAACUGCUAAAAAGUAUUAUAAAUUGCCUGUUAAAGGACAGGCAACUAGAGGAUUCAGGGGGUCGUCAUUUUCCUAGAACAAAAGAUGACCUUCGAGCGUAUGUGAUUCUUAUCCAGAAUCCUCAGUUCAGUAAUAUAUCUACAUAUGUAAUAUUCGCUCACCUUCUCCGGCAGGUGGCCUCUCUUACCGAUCAUGAACACCAUUACCUGGUGCAUUGGUUAAGGAAAUUAGAGAGUGCUAGAUUUAAAGCGGUUGUACGCAGGCUGCAUAGUUUUAUUUCAACGCGACUCUUUCCUGCCCGUCCUGCUGAACUACCGCCAAUCUCGAAAAGCUCUUGGUGGAUUCCAAGUGCAAUAAAAAGCUUAGCUUUAUUAAAUGCUGCAAAUGACUUAGGCCAUAGGCCGACAGUUUCAUUUACCAACUUUUAUAAUCCAACCCUAGAUCUGCUUGAUUUAAUGGCCGAAUACUUUGCUUGGCAAAAUCCUUCUUCUGCCUCCUCUUCAUCAUUUUCCUUCUGUCAAUAUCCCUUUGUCCUGAGUAUAACUGCUAAAAGAACAAUUUUACAAAGAGAUUCAGAACAGCAGAUGAUCGUAAUGGCAAGGAGAAGUUUGGUUGCCAAAGUUCAAAAUAAACAAAUGCCAGAUAUAGGAAUGUUGUUUCUUAAUCUUACGGUUAGGCGCUCUCAUCUUGUUUCCGAUUCUUUGAAUGAAAUUGCACGAAAGCAACACGAUUUAAAAAAGAAACUUAAAGUAACAUUCGCCGGAGAGCCAGGUUUGGAUAUGGGAGGACUGACAAAGGAAUGGUUCCUUCUAUUAAUCAAGCAGAUUUUUCAACCAGAUUAUGGAAUGUUCACCUAUAACCAUAAAGCUAGAGUUUUUUGGUUUUCAUCUGUACCUUGUGACAAUUAUCAAGAGUUUAAUCUAGUCGGGGUCCUUAUGGGCCUAGCAGUGUACAACAGUAUUAACUUAGAUAUCCGAUUUCCUCCCUGUUGUUACAAGAAGCUUUUAAAUCCAGCCGUUGUACCUUAUAAUAAUCCUAAAGCUGUUGUUGGUGUCGCACCCUUUACCCUCCACGACUUUGCUCAAGUUCAACCGGAUGUCGCCAAGGGAUUACGUGAUCUCCUUGAGUACGAAGGAGAUGUUCAGGAUGAUUUUGGAAUGUCGUUUCAAGCUUCAUUCACUCAAGUUGGAACCCUGCAUACAUUUGAUUUAAAGAAAAAUGGAAAAAAUAUAGCAGUUACAAAUGAAAAUAGGAAGGAAUAUGUGCAGUUAUACAUUGACUAUGCCCUUAACAGGUCAAUUUAUUCACAUUUUCAAGCAUUUUAUCAUGGCUUUCACUCUGUCUGCGCAUCAAACGCGCUAAUUAUGCUUCGACCGGAAGAAGUUGAAAUGCUUGUUUGUGGAGAUCCGUCUAUCGAUAUGAGAGAAUUACGAAAAGUGGCAACCUACGAUGGCUAUAAGUCAGAUGAAUCGACAAUACGCCAUCUAUGGGAUAUUAUAAUCUCUCUACCAAGAUCUUUACAAAAGAAGUUUUUAUUAUUUACAACAGGUUCUGAUAGGAUACCUGUUGGAGGAAUGAGCGAAAUGACCUUAAAAAUUACCAAAGUUGAAAAUACACAAAUGUUACCAAUGGCGCAUACUUGCUUUAAUCAACUUAUCUUACCCGUUUACAAUUCAAAGAGGGUUUUAAAGAAUAAGCUAUUAAUAGCCAUAGAGAACUCGGAAGGUUUCGGAAUCGAAUAA